UCAGCCUUUCGAUUGGCCGCUUCUCUCUUCCCCCGUCAUUGGUCCGCGGCGCUGAGAGUUCUCGUCGCUGCCGCUCGCGAUUGGUCAGCGGGAAGGACGUCCCGCCCCGCGCGGACGUGCGGGCAGUCCGCCCAAUGGGAACGCGGCGGACGGUCGCCGGAGGACAAGAUGGCGGUGCUGGCCCCGCUGCUGGCGCUGAUCUACUCGGUGCCGGGGUUGUGCCGCUGGCUGGCGCGGCCCUACUAUCCGCUGUCUGCGUUGCUCGCCACCGCCUUCCUGCUCGUCCGUAAGGUCCCGCCGCUGUGCCGCGGGCUGCCCUCGCAGCGGGAGGAUGGCAACCCCUGCGACUUCGACUGGCGAGAGGUGGAGAUCCUCAUGUUCCUCAGCGCCAUCGUGAUGAUGAAGAACCGUCGCUCCAUCACUGUGGAGCAGCACAUUGGGAACAUCUUCAUGUUCAGCAAAGUAGCAAAUGCCAUCCUCUUCUUCCGUCUUGACAUCCGCAUGGGUCUGCUCUACCUCACGCUCUGCAUUGUGUUCCUGAUGACCUGCAAGCCGCCCCUUUACAUGGGACCUGAGUAUAUCAAGUACUUCAGUGAUAAGACCAUAGACGAGGAGCUGGAACGGGACAAGCGGGUGACAUGGAUUGUUGAGUUCUUUGCCAACUGGUCCAGUGAGUGCCAGUCCUUUGCCCCCAUCUUUGCUGACCUCUCUCUCAAGUACAACUGUUCGGGGCUGCAUUUUGGGAAGGUGGAUGUUGGCCGAUACACAGAUGUCAGCACCAGGUACAAGGUGAGCACCUCACCCCUCACCAAGCAGCUGCCCACCCUCAUCCUCUUCCAGGGUGGGACAGAGAUCAUGCGUCGCCCACAGAUUGACAAGAAGGGCCGGGCCGUUUCCUGGACCUUCUCUGAGGAGAAUGUGAUCCGGGAGUUCAACCUCAAUGAGCUCUACCAGAAAGCCAAGAAGCAGUCGAAGCCACGGGAUGAAGGCUCCGAGGAGCUACCAGAGGGGCAAGCAGCAGCUGGCCUUGCCAAUGGGGAGACGAAGAAAGAGAAGUAGGAACUGCCUGCAUUCUCACCUGUCACCACUCCACCGUCCCCUGCGGCUGGGGACCAGGCAGUGCCGGCUGGGGGGCCCUGCACGUAGCACUGAGCCCGGGGGCCGCCGCUCCCUCUGCCCGUGUUGGCCGGGGCCCGUGCUAGCCUUCGGCCCCGCCGGUUCCUGGGAAGGGUAGAGCCAGGAGCCGGGCCUACGCUUCGCGCGUAUCCUUCGGCUGACAAUAAACGUUCUGUGCGCG